GAAAUUCAACCGAACAUGGCCUAAUUCUCUCUCAUCCGACUCAAUACUCUAUCUGACUUUCUCUCUCCAAAAUUAGCUCCGACCCAAACCCUAACCAGUUCCGUUCCCGGAGAGAAGCAUUGUGAUUCAAUCACCGUUACUUAAAUGCGUGUUGCCACGCAUUGCGUCGAAGGAGCUUCGAUCUUCGUUGUCAACAAUGGAUGUGUGGAACGAAGAUUUCUCGGAGCUGGAGAUUGGGAGCUCCGCCGAAUCUUUCCAGAAGUUUUUGGUUUCGCAAAGAGAGCUCUUCCACAGCCAGAUCGAUCAGUUUCAGGAAAUCGUCGUCACGCAAUGCAAUCUCACCGGCGUCAAUCCUCUCUCUCAAGAAAUGGCAGCUGGUGCUUUGUCAAUAAAAAUUGGGAAAAGACCUAGGGAUUUGUUGAAUCCGAAGGCUGUAAAUUACAUGCAAUCAAUUUUUUCGAUUAAAGAUGCUGUUAGCAAGAAAGAAUUGCGCGAGAUCAGUGCUUUAUUUGGUGUCACGGUGACACAGGUGCGUGACUUUUUCACUAGUCAACGUUCAAGAGUGAGGAGAAUAGUGCAGUUGUCAAAGGAGAGGGCAUUAAGUUCUAAUUCUUGUGAAGAACCUCAUGAUGAUCAAAUAAAUUCUGAUCCUGCGAGACCAAUAGAUCCAGCUCCUUUAAACUCUGUUGGCCUGUCCAAUGCUGAAGAAUCUUGUUCAGCACAGGAAGCAGCUUUGUCUGACCUAGAUGACUCAGAUAAACAAUUUGUUGAUAACAUUUUUAGCUUAAUGCAGAAAGAGGAGACAUUUUCUGGGCAGGAGAAGUUGAUGGAGUGGAUAUUGACAAUACAGAAUUUUUCAGUAUUGUUGUGGUUUUUGACCAAAGGGGGUGGAAUGACUUUAGCAACUUGGUUGAGUAACGCAGCUGUUGAAGAGCAAACAACUGUCCUUCUUCUUAUCUUGAAAGUUCUUUGUCAUUUGCCUUUACAUAAAGCUGUUCCCAUGCACAUAUCAGCUAUAUUGCAGAGUGUAAAUAAACUACGGUUCUACAGGACAUCAGACAUAUCAAACAGGGCAAGGGUUUUAUUGUCAAAAUGGAGCAAAUUAUUGGCAAGGAACCAAGCAAUAAAGAGGCCCAAUGGUGUUAAGUCUUCUAGUGAUGGUCAUAAAGAGUUAAUGCUUUCUCAGAGCAUUGGUCAAUUUAUGGGCUCUGAAUCAUGGCAUUCAAAUAUUGAUGUUCCUGAAGACAUUCUCGCUCUCUCAAAUGAAUGUUCAGAUAAUUUCAGGAAAGUUGGAUCUCCACAAGUUAUGAAAUUGUUGCCUUCCAGCUUGGAUGAUUCUAACAGAAAGUCCACUCUUGGUGUAUCUUCAUCUCAAUCAAGGGAGCGCAGAAAAGUGCAAUUGGUGGAACAGCCAGGCCAAAAGUCAGCCAGCAGAAGCUCACAAGUGAUGAGAGCAGGGCCUGUAAGUCAAGGGCGUCCUAUGUCUGCUGAUGAUAUCCAGAAAGCAAAAAUGCGUGCAUUAUUUAUGCAGAGUAAGUAUGGGAAAACUGGUUCUUCAAAAGAUAGUAAAGAAACAAAGAUUGAUAGUCUGAAUAAACCUCAGACAAACCCGGCCAGUAUUGCAGCUUGCUCUUCUAAAGUUCCUACUCCACCCAAAAUUGAAGAAAACAAGAAACCUCUAUUACUUGCCUCUAAAACCACUAAUAGGCUGGAAGCUUCAUAUUCAAAACCGAAAAUGGAUGUGAAGGAACCUCUCUGGGAGAAGUGCAAAAGGGUUCAGAUCCCAUGGAAAAUACCAGCAGAAGUAAAACUUAAAGAUACCUGGAGAGUUGGUCGCGGUGAAAAUAGCAAAGAGGUUGAUGUUCAGAAAAACAGAAUCCGCAGGGAAAGGGAAACUAUAUACAAGACCGUCCAAGAGAUGCCACCUAACCCCAAAGAGCCUUGGGACCUUGAAAUGGACUAUGAUGACACUUUGACACCGGAAAUUCCUACUGAACAGCUGCCAGAUGGUGAUGGUGCUGAAAUAGCCGUUUCCCCCAAUCAGGAUGCAACUCAUGCUGUUCAAGGGGUGGCCUCCACAUCUUCAACCAGUUUGGCUACUGCUGAGCCUGAUUUAGAAUUGCUUGCCGUACUGCUAAAAAAUCCAGGGUUGGUAUUUGCCUUAACUUCUGGACAAGCUGGUAGCAUACCUAGUGAAGAAACCGUGAAGCUGCUUGAUAUGAUUAAGAGAGGAGGUGUGAGUUUGGGUUUAAGUGAAAGUACAAAUGGCAAUUAUGGCACGAGUGUAGAAGCCCCGGAGAAGGUGGAAGUUUCUCUCCCAUCUCCAACUCCCUCGAGCGAUCCAAGAACGAGUGGAUGGAGCACAGAAGCAUCAAAAAAUCCCUUUUCUCGGCGAAGUGUAGCACCUGAUAGAAUUAUCCAGAACCAUGCUUCAGUGGCAUCUACCAACUUAGUAUCUCAGAUUCCCGUAACUGCCACUACAGUAAGGCAACAGGCAACAAUUUUGGUUCCAUCUUCGAGGCAGCUUUCAAGCACAUCAGUUUCUCCAUAUUCACUGCCUCAGGCAACUAAUGUUAUUCCUGAAAAGCCACCACCUCUCAUGCAUGUACAAACACCGUCCUCAGAUCUAGGUUUAACCAUGAAGAACAACUUAAUCACUGCAAAUGCAUCUUCUGUUAAAUUAUCUGGCACACAUUCAACUCUAGCAAUGCGGGGUGAAGGCACCAAUUAUGUAAAACCUGUACCUAAUUUGAGUGUACAACACGAGGGUUUGUCUAACUCAUUCCCACAAACCUUCAGGUUACCCUCACCAACGCCAUCACAUUCAGCCUCACACCAACAAAGACAUCAUCAACAUUCAGCCCCACAGCAACAAAGACAUCAUCAACAGGAAGCUCAUUACACUGAACCUUCCUAUCGUACCCCUGUGCAUUCCUACCCGCCACAAACCGAAAAAUCAGAUCAUGGGUCUGAUACGUGGAGAGUUAGGCAGCAGGAAGUGUCAUCUAGUUAUCAUUCUCAACGAAAUCAUAAUAACUAUAACACAAUGGUUGGGGGCUCCAGACAAUCUGGUAUUUGGGAUAGAAAUAAUCAUGGAAGGGGAGAAUUUGAAUCAUGGAGCCCGGAGAAUAGUCCAACUAGAAAUCCUAGGUAUGCACCGGGUAGAAACUACCCCGAGUCCAGAAUGAAUCAUGGAAGAAAUCAUAGACCUGAAUGGUCAAGGCAGAGGGGUUCUUCUGGACAUUGGGACCCUGGUAGGCAGGGGAAUAGAAAGUGGCAUGAUCAGAGACGAUGAGUUUUUUGUUCAGAUUCAUUUGGGAUUUUACCUGACUCAUUGAUUUUCCGGAUUCUGAUAACAAUGAUAUUUGGUUAUUGGAGAGUGGAGAUGGAUCUAAACCUCGUCAGUAUGAAGUAAUUCUAGGAAAGGAUGCUAUUACAUCUAGCGCGGUUGCACAAUUGCAGUUUCCAGAAUGUCACCAGUUUGACUUGUCAACUGUAAAAAAAAAAAAAAAUAUAAAGUUUUACCUGAAAAGGAUUGAUUUUUUGCUCGAUUCGUUUUCAAAAAUCAUAGGCUUAGUUUGGCAUUUUGGUGCCUCUUUCGUGGAAUUUGCGAAAAUUUAUGAAGAAAACUAUUGAAAUUUGAAACCGAUCAAAUACAGUAUACAGAGGAAGCACUACAGGGUUAUUAUUAA